CAAUAAUUUCAAAAGAGAAAUAUAGGGAGAUGGGAAUCAAGAACAAGACAUUAAGAUGGAUUCUCCCCUCUUGUUUCAAGCCCACAAUCACCCACAAAAUGGAUCCAAGAAUCCAUGUCACAAUUCACAACUCCAAUUCAAGAAUCUCCCUCUUUGACAUAAGUGACCCUGCCUCACCUCUCUCCCUAAGCGACCUCUCCAACUCCAAAUUCUCCUCAAAUCUACACAUCUUCACACACUCGGAGCUCAGGCUCAUGACCAGCGACUUCUCCUCCGUCAACUUCCUCGGCGAGGGCGGGUUCGGGCCCGUGCACAAGGGCUUCGUCGACGACAAGUGCCGGCCGGGCCUCGCCCCCCAGCCUGUCGCCGUCAAGCUCCUCGACCCCGACGGCGAUCAAGGCCACAGGGAAUGGCUGACAGAAGUAGUCCUUCUUGGGCAACUGAAACAUCCGCACCUCGUGAAACUGUUAGGAUAUUGUUGCGAAGACGAGCAUCGGCUUCUUGUGUACGAGUACAUGGCCAGAGGCAAUCUCGAAAACCAACUAUUUCGAAGAUACACCUUGCUAGCAUGGGAAACUCGGAUCAAGAUCGCACUUGGGGCAGCAAGAGGAUUAGCAUUCCUCCAUGGCGAAGAGAAACCGGUCAUCUACCGUGAUUUCAAGACUUCCAACAUCCUCCUUGACUCGGAUUACAACGCGAAGCUGUCUGACUUCGGGCUGGCCAAGGAUGGGCCAGAGGGAGACGAAACACACUUGUCGACGCGUAUAAUGGGCACCCACGGCUACGCUGCACCGGAGUACGUCAUGACAGGGCACUUGACAACAAAGAACGAUGUAUACAGCUUUGGAGUGGUCCUGCUCGAGCUGCUCACUGGGAGGCGCGCCAUAGACAAAAAACGUCCUCCCAAGGAGCAGAACCUCGUUGACUGGGCUAAACCCUACUUGAAGGACCACCACAAGCUCGAAUCCAUAAUAGACCAGCGCCUAGAAGGGCAAUACUCGAGCGAUGGAGCAAGAAAAGUAGCUGCAUUGGCUCACCAAUGCCUUAGCCACUCCCCUAAAACUAGGCCAACCAUGAGCCAUGUUGUCAUGAUCUUGGAGCUCAUCGCGCAGCUCAGAGACACGCCCUUUGUCUACAUCGCGCCUGCACAAGGCAGGGUGGAUGCAGAGAUCAAGGAGGAUGAAGAGGAAGACGAGGAUGAGGGGAAGACAAAAAAGGAGGCGGGGCGAAAGCAGAGGAAAAGAGGCUAUAGACAUAAGCAUCCCAUACCCAUAAGGGCUCAUGGUGUCUAUACUGAUACUCAUUUGUAUAGAGCUUUCAAGAAUGAGAUGAUUGGUGUAAGGAUUGAAGGGAGAUAAAAGUGGAAAUUUGAGCUAAUUUUUUGUUGAUUUUGAUGUACAUUGGUUGUGUAGAAAAUUUUGUACAAUUUC